AGACCAUCCAUCCAGACCAUCCCUAUCCCUAUCCCCUGCCUGUUACGAUCCCCAGGUCACACAGAUAUCACUACAUCCAAUGCCUCGGACCAAUUGACCAAUAUGCCCAAACUUUCCCUCUCCACCCUCCUCACCUCCCUCUUCUACCUCCUUCCGCUCUACCUUUUCGUCAUCGCUCCCCUCCUGCGCCAACUCUUCCCGGUAACCCAGGACAUCUUCGACCCAGACAUCGACGCAACAACAGAAAGCGACAUCUCACUGGACCCCGAGAUUCUCAGCCUCCCGGACGGAAUCAUCCCAACAUGUCCCGAAGACACCUACCGAGUCCACCUGCUCUCCAAGGACCCGCUAAUCAUCUACAUCGAAGAUUUCCUCUCCACCUCUGAAGCCGAUCACCUAGUAAAGAUAAGUGAACCAAACUACUCCCCCUCAAUAAUCUACAACGGCCAAACCACCAAAGUCGACCCCUCAACCCGACUCUCCGACCGCGCCCUUCUCCCCCGCGACAACACCGUCCGGUGCCUCGAAUCCCGCGCCGCCGCCUUCCAAGGCUGGAAACCACACCUCUACAUCGAGCGCAUGUGGGCCCAACGCUACAACGUCUCCGGCCACUACAAGCACCACUUCGACUGGGCGGGUUCCGUCGCCCGUGGCGGCGACAGACUCAGCACCUUCAUGGUAUAUCUAGGCGAUGAGUGCGAAGGCGGGGGCACGAAUUUCCCCCGUCUGAAGAUGCCGCGCGGAGAACAGUGGUGUCGGUUCCUGGACUGCGAGAUGGCUCAGAACGAGAAUGUGUCUGGAAUCACCUUCAAGCCUAUCAAGGGGAAUGCCAUCUUCUGGGAGAAUCUGAGAUCUGAUGGGACGGGGUAUCCGGAGACAUGGCAUGCUGCGUUUCCGGUCACUCAGGGAAUGAAGGUCGGGUUGAAUAUUUGGAGUUGGUAUCAGCCGCCGUCUAGGGGGAGGAGGUAAGUUCGGUGACCGUAUCUGUUUUUUGGGAUAUAUUGGAUAGAACGCCUGGGUUUGUAUAGAAUUGUGUAUUAUCUGUGCCGUGUAUUCUACUUAGUUGUAUUUUGGUACAAUAUAUAGCUCGUAGGUAUAUAGACAGCUACUAGCAGUAUGAAAAUAGACAAGUCAAACGG